UACUCUCUCUCUUAGUAGCUAAGAAAAGCAUCCAUUCAUAUAUGAAAGAAAAUACCGAUCGUUCUGAAAUAGAUCGAAAUCAAUCCAGAAUCGGAGAUCAUCAUCGAAUUGAAGAGGAAGAAGCAAAAUCCAGUCCUUCCAGUAAUAUUCUUACCACCAAAAACAUCAUCAAUGGCGUUAGAAUGGGUAGUUCUAGGUUAUGCCGCAGCAGCAGAGGCUAUAAUGGUUCUCCUCCUUACCAUCCCUGGCUUGAACGCUCUCCGUAAAGGUCUAGUCGCCGUCACUCGCAACCUCUUGAAACCGUUCCUAUCAAUCGUACCGUUUUGCCUCUUUCUCCUCAUGGAUAUUUACUGGAAAUACGAGACGCGGCCGAAUUGCGAAUCGUCUGAUUCGUGCACACCGACUGAGCAUCUCCGUCACCAGAAAUCGAUCAUGAAAUCGCAGAGGAAUGCGCUCUUAAUAGCCGCUGCUCUUACCUUCUAUUGGCUGUUGUAUUCCGUUACUCAUCUUGUUGUUCGUGUUGAACAGUUGAAUCAGCGUGUCCAGAGGUUGAAGAACCAGGAGUGAACUGAUCUGAUCUGAUCGGAUUGGAUCGGAUCGGAUCUUCUUUAUCUUGUUAAAUUGAUUUAUCAGGAUAUGAUAUGAACUUGUACGAAUUUAGUGACAUUUAAUUUGGUUUUUACAGUGAUUAUAAAUGUAUGCUGAUAUAUAUAUAUCAUGGAUUGAUUAACUAAUGAAUUUGGCUUACCAAUUAUCAUCAUCUCAUCUGUUAGGGUUCUUAUUAUCAUUCCUCUGUUACUGCUGUAGUUGUUACAAAUCUUGCACAACAAUUAUCACAGAUGAAGUUUGGAAGAUGAAGAAGACGACGACAAUCGUUUAAGUUACAGUAAGGUUUGUUGCAGAAGCUGCAUUUUGGAAGAAGAAGAAGCCAACAAGACGAACAUAUUACGUGAUUGCAGGCCGUUUCUUCUUCUUCGUAUUCAUCUGAUUCGAAACAUCCGCUGCAUUCUACACAUCUCGGUAUGCAAAUCUCACAUCCUCUGCAUUUACAGUCGUUUCUGGAACAAUCAAACACAAUUCUCACUUCAUCGCACUUCGGACAUAUACUCACAUCAAUCGGAUCAUCAUCAUCAU